CGAAAUCUAGCAGUGACGUCGGAGGCGGCUUACGUUCUUCGUGACGGAAGUCUGGUUCUUUUCUGUCACUCAGCGGACUCCGGUGCACAACCAGUUCACAAAGGCAGCCGGCACAAAGUACAAACUGCAGAUAGGAUUAAACGGUCAAGGACUAUCUAUUCUUCUCCAGCAAAUUGAAACUCCUUUUCCGUUUGAGCUGAAGAAGAAGAAGGAGGUUACACUUCUCUUUUCUGUUGUGGCACUGGGGACAUCCAGGAACUAUUGAGUGUGGGUGGUGCUUGUUCAAAAGACUGCGAUGCACCGCUUAAGGACUUGUGUGGCACGACUCCGGCCGAUCACGGCCUCACAGACUGCUAAAAAUCUGUCACAGCAGAGGCCAGCUGCCACCCCUAGGACGUUUCAGCCAUUCAGGUGCUACACGGCACCGGUGGCCGCAGAGCCGUUUCUGAAUGGAACAAGCUCUAACUAUGUCGAGGAGAUGUACUAUGCAUGGUUGGAGAAUCCCAAGAGUGUGCACAAGUCUUGGGACAUUUUCUUCAGAAAUGCUAAUGCUGCUGCCCCCCCGGGUACAGGCUACCAGAGUCCUCCUCCAAUGGGAGUUAGUCUGGCUGGGCUCCCUAAGGCCCAGUCUCUGGUGGGGGCCCAGCCGAAAGUGGAGAAACUGGUGGAAGACCAUCUGGCAGUCCAGUCCCUCAUCAGGGCCUAUCAGAUACGUGGUCACCAUGUGGCUCAGCUGGACCCUCUGGGGAUUAUGGAUACUGAUCUGGAUUCAUGCGUUCCCAAUGACAUUAUUACAUCAUCGGAUAAACUCGGUUUCUAUGGGCUGGAAGAGUCUGAUCUGGAUAAAGUGUUCCACUUGCCCACCACUACCUUUAUCGGGGGCAAUGAGAGCGCUCUGCCCCUCAGGGAGAUCAUCCGCCGCUUAGAGAUGGCGUAUUGCCAGCAUAUAGGGGUUGAGUUUAUGUUCAUCAAUGACCUGGACCAGUGUCAGUGGAUCAGACAGAAGUUUGAGAGUCCUGGAGUGAUGCAGUUCAGCCUGGAGGAGAAGAGGACACUGCUGGCUCGCAUGGUCCGCUCCACCAGGUUUGAGGAGUUCCUGCAGAGGAAAUGGUCAUCUGAGAAGCGAUUUGGGCUGGAGGGAUGUGAGAGUCUGAUCCCAGCGCUCAAAACCAUCAUUGAUAAAUCCAGCGAUAAGGGAGUAGACACUGUCAUCAUGGGAAUGCCUCACAGAGGGCGUCUGAACGUGCUUGCCAAUGUGAUCCGUAAGGAACUGGAGCAAAUUUUCUGUCAGUUUGACUCUAAACUGGAAGCUGCUGAUGAGGGUACAGGAGAUGUCAAGUACCACUUGGGCAUGUACCACAGGAGGAUAAAUCGUGUGACUGACAGAAAUAUUACUUUGUCAUUGAUGGCCAACCCUUCCCAUCUGGAAGCGGUGAACCCAGUGGUGCAGGGAAAGACUAAAGCGGAGCAGUUCUACUGCGGAGACACAGAAGGCAAUCAGGUGAUGUCCAUUUUGAUCCAUGGUGAUGCUGCUUUUGCAGGUCAAGGCAUUGUCUAUGAAACCUUCCAUCUGAGUGAUCUGCCGUCCUACACUACACAUGGCACUGUGCACGUGGUAGUCAACAACCAGAUCGGUUUCACCACAGAUCCUCGUAUGGCGCGCUCCUCUCCAUAUCCUACUGAUGUUGCCCGUGUGGUCAAUGCCCCCAUAUUCCACGUCAACGCAGAUGAUCCUGAAGCUGUAGUGUACGUGUGCAACGUGGCCGCAGAGUGGAGAGCCACCUUCCACAAAGAUGUGGUGGUGGACCUGGUAUGUUACCGCCGUAAUGGCCACAACGAGAUGGAUGAGCCAAUGUUCACCCAGCCACUGAUGUACAAACAGAUCAAGAAGCAGAAGGGAGUUCUGCAGAAAUAUGCUGAGAAGCUCAUCGCCGAAGGUGCCGUCUCACUACAGGAGUAUGAGGAAGAGAUUUCCAAGUAUGACAAAAUCUGUGAGGAAGCUUAUGCUCGCUCAAAGGAUGAGAAGAUCCUCCACAUCAAGCACUGGCUGGACUCCCCCUGGCCAGGUUUUUUCACUCUGGACGGUCAACCUAAGAGUAUGAGCUGCCCAUCCACUGGUCUGCCAGAGGAGGAGCUGUCCCACAUCGGACGAGUGGCGUCAUCAGUACCCGUGGAGGACUUCACAAUUCAUGGAGGUCUGAGUCGUAUUCUGAAGGGCCGUGCUGACAUGAUCAAGAACAGGACCGUGGACUGGGCUCUGGGAGAGUACAUGGCCUUUGGCUCUCUGCUCAAGGAGGGCAUCCAUGUGCGUCUCAGCGGCCAAGAUGUGGAGAGAGGAACCUUCAGUCACCGUCACCAUGUUCUCCAUGACCAGAACGUAGACAAGAGGAUCUGCAUUCCCAUGAACCACGUAUCCCCUAACCAAGCCCCGUACACUGUCUGCAACAGCUCUCUGUCGGAGUACGGAGUACUAGGUUUUGAGUUGGGCUUUGCUAUGGCCAGUCCUAAUGCUCUGGUUCUGUGGGAGGCCCAGUUUGGAGACUUCCAUAACACGGCUCAGUGUAUAAUAGACCAGUUCAUCUGCCCUGGCCAAGCUAAAUGGGUCCGCCAGAACGGCAUUGUCUUACUGCUGCCACAUGGCAUGGAGGGCAUGGGUCCCGAGCACUCCUCUGCCCGUCCAGAGCGCUUCCUGCAGAUGUGCAAUGAUGACCCGGACUUUAGUCCUAAAGCCACUGAUGACUUUGAGGUGCGUCAGCUGUAUGACUGCAACUGGAUCGUCGUAAACUGUUCAAAUCCCGCCAACUAUUUCCAUGUUAUAAGGAGGCAGAUCCUUCUUCCCUUCAGGAAACCUCUUAUUGUCUUCACUCCCAAGUCUCUGCUGCGUCAUCCGGAGGCCAAGUCUAACUUUGACCAGAUGCUACCAGGCACUCAUUUCCAGCGCGUGAUCCCAGAUGAUGGACCGGUCACUCAAAACCCCUCAGAGGUGAAGCGCAUCGUCUUCUGUACAGGAAAGGUCUAUUACGAGCUCACGCGUGAACGCAAAGCACGCAGCAUGGAGGACUCUGUGGCGAUCACUCGCAUUGAGCAGCUCUCUCCUUUCCCGUUUGACCUGGUGAAGGCUGAGACUGAGAAAUAUCCCAAUGCUGACCUGGUCUGGUGUCAAGAGGAGCAUAAGAACCAGGGAUACUACGACUACGUCAAGCCCCGCAUGCGCACCACCAUCAACCGUGCCAAGCCUGUCUGGUAUGCCGGACGUGAUCCUGUCGCCGCCCCGGCCACAGGAAACAAGAACACCCAUCUUCUGGAGCUGAAACGUUUCCUUGACACUGCCUUCAACCUGGAUGCCCUCAAAGACCACAUCUAAACCUGUCCUUCAG